AUGGUGAAAGCUAAGCUUGCCGUGGCAAGGCUGCUUAGUUUGGGGAAACUCUUCACACACUGGCUCCGCACACUGGCCCUUCCGUCUCAGACGUCGGACGGUAUGGCGACCGUUGAGAGGCGAUCAAAUUUCAGUUGUGCAUCCAUCUGUCGUCCAUCUUGUCGAUUCUCACACGAUUCUGUCACCUCAUCUGGCCAUUCUUCGCCGCCGCCCUCUGCGCCAAAUCCGAUCAGUAUUAUCAACUGCUACUCACCAACAUCAGCAGCUGAUGAAUCUGAAUUGGACGCGUUUUACGAAGGUCUACAGGAAGUGAUCCGGAAUUCCUUCUACACAUUCGUUGUCGGAGACUUCAACGCAAAACUAGGAAAGGUUACAGCAGAGGAACAUAAGAUCGGAAGAUUUGGACUAGGGGACCGGAAUGAAAAUGGCAAUCGUCUUGCCGGGCUGUAG